AACGUCUCGGGGCUCGAGUGAAGAUUGUCUAAACAAAGGUGAGAAAAGGGAUGCUGUGCUUCUUUAUCUAAGUGGACCAGAGGGACCGCUCACCUGUUGUUUAUAAGAGUCCAUUACCUCACAGAACAGCACACGAAGAAGUUACCGGACAUCAAGAUGCUGCAGACACCUGUUACAGUGCUGCUCUUUCUCACGGGCUUGGCUGUAGGUGGCUAUGUGACGAGGCAAGGAACCAACCUGAUCCACAAUGGUCAGAAGAUCUUCCUGUCAGGAGCCAACACCGCCUGGGUGGCGUACGGCUACGACUUCGGCAACAACCAGUACCAGUAUCGUCGUGACCGUUACAUCUACCUCAUGGACAAGGUCAAGGAAGCGGGAGGCAACUCUAUGAGAACCUGGGUGCACAUAGAGGGCGCCACGUCUCCAGUAUUCGACAGCAAUGGUUGCGUGACUGGGCUGGACAAAGGAGAUGGAUCCUUCGUCAAAGACUUCAUCCAAUACCUGGACGACGCCAAAGAAAGGAACAUCCUCAUCUUUCCCUGCCUCUGGAACGGUGCUCUAAAGCAGAAUCAUAACAACCUCCAGGGGCUGAUCACGGACAGUCACAAACUGCAGUGUUAUAUCGACAAGGCCUUGAUACCCUGGGUGAAGGCCGUGAAGGACCACCCUGCUCUCGGUGGCUGGGACAUCAUAAAUGAGAUGGAAGGAGAGAUUAAACCAGGGGUACACGACUCAGAGCCGUGCUUUGACACCACCUUCCUCGUCAACUCCGGCGCCGGGUGGGCGGGUGCGACUUACACCGCGGAGCAGUUCCUCAAGUUCAUCAACUGGCAGGUGGACGCCAUUCGGCGCACCGAUCCCACGGCUCUGGUCACCGCCGGCUCCUGGAGCCAGAGAUCGCAGACCGACAAAUGGAACGACAAGAAUCUCUACAGUGACGAGUGUCUCGUGAAGGCUGGAGGCAAGACGCAGGGAACACUGACUUUCUACUCCACUCACUCGUAUGACUGGCAAGGGCACUUCUCCGCCGACGCUCCAUUUAAACACAACUUCUCGGAGUACGGCCUGGACAAGCCGCUGGUGGUGGCCGAGUUCAACUCGAUGCACGGCGAGGGUAUGACCAUCGAGCAGAUGUUCCAGUACCUGUACACCCACGGGUACGCGGGUGCGUGGAGCUGGCACGCGCAGGCCGACGGCGGCGACACCGACCCCACCGACACCCAGAUGCGCGGCAUCGCGGCGCUGCGCGGAAAACACGAAGCUGGGGGUGUGGUCCCCCUCGACUUGUCAGGCUCUGGCUGAGUGUCAGCCAGGUCAGGAGGUCAGCCUGACAACCACGUGAUGUGUUUAGUCUGAGUGACGUGUGUGCUUAGUUGUCAUUUAGUGAAAACAUUUCUAAACUUGACAUUGACUUGAAAUAAACAUCUCUCUACGCUGGA